AUGGCACCGCCAACAAAACCAACAAUACUCUUCGUGCACGGCGCAUUCCACGGCCCAGAAUUCUUCGACGCACUAAUCUCUCCGCUGAACGUUGCUGGCUAUACUUCCAUCAAGAACGACUUAAAACUUCCAAGCGCAGAACUGAACUCCGCGAGCAGUCUGCAACAAGAUAUCGAUGUUCUGCGGGCCAUGGCAUUGCAGAUUCUGGACGGUGAGGAUGGCGCGGAUUGUGUCGUAGUCAUGCACUCCUACGGCGCUGUUCCUGUUGCCGAGGCCCUUCGUGGUCUCAGCCGCGAGGAAAGAGGCGACAAAGCCACGGCCGUAGUCAAACUCGUGUACUUAUCCUGCAAUAUUCCCCAAGUCGGGGAUAGUCACUUGAAUCAGGUCAUGGUCUCGUUUCAGGAGUUGGGGUUGUCGUCUGAUUUGCCUGUUGAGGUUUCUGAUACCGGCGUGAUAAAGUUCACCGGCGACACAGAAUUCUUUUACAAUGGGCUUCCUGAGGACCAGAAGGCUAGUCUGCUUCCGAAUCUGACUACACAGUCAGCUGCGUCACUGAUCACCCCAUUGAAGGGUCCCUUGGCAUAUGAAAAGAUUCCGGGAUGGUAUCUAAUCUCCAAAGAGGAUAAGGCCUUGCCCGAAGAGUUUCAGAGGGUGUGUAUCAGUGUUGUAGGAGAUAUGAUGGAGAAGGUUGAGGAGGUAGAUGCCGGACAUAGUAGCUUUUUGGUCAAGCCGGAUGUGGUCGCUGAUUUUAUUGUGCGGGCAGUGAAGAGUGUAUCAUAG